GUUAGUUAAGCUGCACCUGGUUGUCAGAGCGAAAAGUAUACACGAAGCCUGAUAAAGAAUAAGGGAGACAGAGGGACAGAAAAAGGUGAGGAAAAAAGGGUUUCAGGUUAUCAAUACAGGGCAAUGAUCUUACUCGGUAGUUUGGACUGUAAACAGCAUCGAGAGGACUAAACCAAAGGCCAGUAACCUCUGGAGGAAAGACAGCAACUACAGCCUCUGUGACGCACUUUUUACUCCCACAGGGCUCAUCUCUCCUUGGCCAUGGCUACGGCUGAGCCGGCCCCUGCGUGGUGGAAACUGACCUUCCUCCGCAAGAAGAAAUCUGAGGCCAAGGAGUUGUAUGAAGUGCCUGCAGAGUACAGUAAUAACACCGAGACACAACCAGGGAUGAGCAGUACGCACGGAGCACCCGACGACAGUCAGUUCAAUGCUCGCCUUGAACGCAUUGUGGACAAAACAGCCACAAAAGGACGACAUGUUAAAGUCUCCAACUCAGGGCGCUUCAAAGAGAAAAAGCGCAUCCGGGCAACAUUAGCUGAAAACCCGGAAUUGUUCCCCAACCAAGACACUUGCAAUGGGAACCAGAGCACAGGGAAUUGAAGGGGAUAUGCAAUAAAAAAAUUAUUUCAAGAGAUUUUGAAUGUUGGAUUAAUUAAGGCAUCCACUAAAAAAAAAAAAAAAAAAAAAAAAAAAAAAAAUGCUACUGUGUUGUAGGAGGGUGAAAUUGGGUAGUCUUGAUUACAUUUGUCCAAAGUGUAUAAAAUGUGGUUGCUCUGAAUAGUCCAAUAAAAUUGACACAGGUUUUAUUAUUUUAAAAAAAAUCAAUCAAUACAGCAUCCACACAUCUGAAAAUGUGUCUGUUGGUGCUAAGGUCCUCAGAUUUAGUUCUGUUCAGUUUUGACCUUCAGCUGGUCCACCAAAGAAAGCUGGCUACUUUCUGACAAAGUGGUUUUUUUAAGAGUAUGAAAGCAAUAUGUUUGAAUUUUCUACUCUUGUUGAUUCUUUGAUGGUUAUUUUUUUUCCAGUGGUAUUGAGAUUCCUGCAGUACCAGCCAGCAGCUGGAAAUAAAUUGCUAUGAGUUUACUGAACAAGGGCUAACAAAUCAGUUCAUUCUCAGUGAGUUUUGACAGAAUGUUUGACCUCUGGUCACUAACGAUACAAGGUGGAGUAUUUGCAGUUCAAUCAGUGCACAUAAACAUGGAAAGAAAAAUAAGAAGGUAGCACGGUGUAAUUAGUCCUAUUUGCUUCCAUUUAUUUUAGGUAGACUAUACUGUGUGUUUUCCUUGUUUUUUUAUAUAUUGUUUUUUAUUUUUAAAGAUUUGUAAAAAGUCCAGGUGUAAUAUCCUCAGUGCCUUGUGAUUUCUUCUUAUCCUGUACAUUACCUGUCACUUUGCUUAAUAUCUUUUUGUGUUUUAAACUGUAUUUGUUUACUGAACUAUCCUAUGAAAUUUAUUGAAUUCUUUAUAUUCUUUUUACAGCAAACUAAGAUUUUAUUUGAUUUGAGCAUUUAAAUAUUUUAAAAUAAUAUAAAAUAAUUU